AUGAAACAGAAAGACGACAUACAUCCUCUCACGUUUGGACUUCUGGACGCUCCUGUUGCUCUUCUCUGUCCCUUCAGAAGUGGACACACAGUCCCAAGUCUGGUCUAUAACUACACCCUGUCAGGGGUCCGGAGAGACGAGCGCGGCUGGGAACCCUGCGUGGACACAGGAGCUCAGGGAAUCAUGGGACAGAGCUGGAGCAGCGCUACACAGUUAGCUGAGGAGAGCGAGUUUGGAUCGUGCUGUUACGGUUUCGCUCUGACCUUUAUAAACCACAUGCGCUCGCUGGAUGGGAAAGUGUCUCUGAGCCGAGACCAGUUCACAGGAUCUCACCUUCUGCCCAGAAUGAAGACCGUGUCGCUCUACGUCAACAUCCAUCAUGCAAUAUUACAACAUGGAUUUUACAUCGCUGACGCUCCGCAUGACAUGUGA